UGGGUCCUCGCGCAUGGAUCAAAUAAACCCUGGAAUUUUAGCUUGUCUGGAGUUAAAUUAAAUCGUGUUUCCUCAUGACUUCGUAUUCUGAUCGCACGCCUCUUUCGUCCUCAGAGUUCUUCUCGACGUCCUCUCUUGUGUGUCCUUCGCCCCGGUCUCCCUGAAUCGAUUAUAUCAUCACUUCUUGUCGCAUACUUGCGGCGAUCUGUCUCUGAUGCGCUGACGGGCUCUUCCAAUACGUCACCUUACCGCGAUUUUCCGUUUCCCCCCUGCUGAAAAGAACUACGAUUAUAGAAAGAGUCUGAAAAUCGACAUCGACGAUUGCUCCAGAUCUCAGGGGAAAGGUUCUCGACCACAGAGGAAAAGAGAAUAAUCAAGUUACACGCAGACCGUUGAGAGAAGGGGACACAGGAAGUAGAGAGGGAGAGGGAGAGGUGAAAUGGUUUUACCUCGACCCUUUUCGCGGGUGCGAACAUUGCUGUUGGCGGCUGCACUCGCAGCUUUUAUCACAUAUUCGUUCUUGCGCUGGCAGCGUAUCUUCUAUGCGGAACAAGCGCAAUCCACGGCUACAAAGGCAGCACCAUCCAACGAGCCAGCCGUAGUAUUGACUAAGCCGGAAGGUCAUAUCAGCUUCUGGCGUCAAUUUCAGCCUCUUCUAGAUACCUACCAGCCAAGAUGUGAACCGCCACUGCGGCUGGAAAUGGCACCGUCUGUUAGGUUCGAGCAAGCAAGCCCUGACUUCCGGCCCGAGGUACUGGACAUGCUGGACGAUCAUGUUGAGACCAUGAAGCAAGCUCAUACUGGGUUUGUCGAAGAGAUUAAGGCGAAGCCACCCAUGCUACACUAUGUCCCCAACACCAGGGGAUUGGUUUCGACCGCUGGCGGCGAAUACUUACCCGUGUUGGUCAUCUCGCUUCGGAUGCUUCGCAGGACAGGCUCAGAGCUGCCACUCGAGGUAUUCCUUGCCAAUGAGGAUGAAUAUGAGACAUAUAUAUGUGAUGUGGUUCUUCCAUCUCUCAAUGCACGAUGCGUGGUGCUUUCCCAUGUCUUGGAUGCUGUUCCAAAGAUUAUGGAUAUCCAGAAAUACCAAUUCAAAUUGUUCGCCAUGAUGUUCUCUUCUUUUGAGGAAAUCCUGUUCCUGGAUGCGGACGCAUUUCCCCUACAUCAACCAGAGACACUCUUCGAGAACGAACCUUUCAAGUCCAAGAAAAUGGUUACGUGGCCAGACUUUUGGGCGACCACAAUCUCGCCAUACUAUUACGAGAUAUCAUCCCAGCCUAUGCCUUCAAACACCAUUCGGCAAUCGAGCGAAUCUGGCGAAGUGCUCCUUUCCAAGAAGGCCCACAUGAAGACACUCCUUCUCAGUGUUUAUUAUAACUUCUGGGGCCCCGAAUAUUACUACCCACUUUUGUCUCAAGGUGCAUCCGGUGAGGGCGACAAGGAAACGUUCGUUGCAGCUGCUCUAGCUCUCGGAGAAUCAUACUAUCAGGUUUCUGAGCCCAUUUGCGCCAUUGGUCACGGCACCGAGGGCGGCUUGGCUGGCUCCGCAAUGGUCCAGUUUGACCCGGUUGAGGAUUACGCCUUGACACAAAAAGGUGAAUGGCGCGUUCAUGGAUCCAAGGCUCCUGCUCCCCGAGCCUUCUUCAUCCAUGCCAAUUUCCCAAAAUUCAACCCGGCUACAGUGUUCGAGAAGCAAGCCGUCAACCCGGCUUUCGCCGAUGACGGUAGCUACACACGCGCAUGGACUAUUCCUCAAGAAGUGAUUGGAAAAUUUAGUACGGAUGUCGAAAAGCAUUUCUGGAAAGAAAUUCUCUGGACAGGCUGCGAGCUCGAGAAUAAAUUCAGUUCCUGGAAGGGUCACAAGGGCAUCUGCGCGGGAGUGAAAAAGUACUGGAAUGCAAUCUACAUGGACAAGAAGUCUCCAAAGAUAUAAGCAGGCUGGAACGUCCUAGCUUGAGCGAUCUUUGCAAUGGUUCCUUCACCAUGUCACUGCUGUGUAUUUCGUCCGUGGUGAACAAAUCUAUCACAGUAUUUGUCCCAAAACAUGUUAGUGCUCACGCUGGCUAUGUGGACACUGCUUUUUGCCCCGGAUGACACCGCAUCCUUUGCCCUUACUUCCCGUCAUUCUUUUGGUCGGGUCGGAUUGAUAAGACCUUCACGAACAUAGUGAGUGCACAAAUGUUGCCUCGGAAUGAAUGUGUCAUUUCGAAGAACCGGCACCACAUUUAUGAAACGUGAUGGCGCCUCAAAACGUCCAGAGCGCGGGAUACAUUCCUUGCAGCCCCCAGCUUCUCCGGCUUAGAAGACUCGGGUCACUUUGUGGAAGUUUUACGCAUGGUAUGCUAACUGGGUCUGCUAAGAAGCAACCAAGCUUCAACUUGCCGCGGCUACCCAGGCAUAUACUAAUGACUUUGUUAAAUUUGUAUGCAUAUAUUAGCGUCAAUUAAUUGGAUCGGUAGUACAUACACUGUAGUAUAUUAUUCUAUAGUGAUACCAG